AGCCAAUUUUUUUCGCUUGGAAAAAGCAAACAAUGUUUCGCGUUGCGUCCCUCUGCGUCGUUGGCGCUUCUGCGCUGAUGACCAACCAGGAGAUGGUGAACAAAAACCUGCAAGAGAAUGAUGCGUACAUCGCUCUCUUCAAGGAGAAGUCGCCGGAGUUGGAGGAAGCUUUUCUGCAAGUCUAUGAUAAGAUGGCCAAGGACUUUGACGUGGAGUCUUAUAAGACUCAUCUCAACAUGCUGAACACCGCUGUUUCUUUCCUGAAGGAUUACAAGACAGGGUCUUCUACCCCGCACUGCGACUAUGGAAUUGCUCCCGCGGCAGCAGCAGUGAAAGGCGUGUCCGCGUUUCCUGGCGGCGUGGUCUCCCGUCUUUUUGGAUUUGACAUCAGCAAAAUGGUUGCGGACUUGGCUAGUAAGUCGGGUGCUGCGGGCGCUGCGGGGGGAAUGCCGCAAAUGCUUGCAAUGAACGGUCUCUCCACGGGUGCCGGCCUUAUUCAAGCCGCAAUGUCCACUGUGCUCCAGAUCGUGCCCCCCAUGGUGCCGCCGCCGGUGUGGAUCAACCAGCCGCUGCCGUGCAUGCCCAUGGUCACUGGUCACAAUUGUGUCGGGUCCGUUCUCUACCCCAUCACCGCCGCGGACUUUGUCACUGCUGACGUCACUGAUGCGCAGUUGGA